GAGAAGAGGACACGGACAGACACGCUCACCAGAUCAGCUGUCACCCAGCGCCAACCCUCACUGAGCGGCUUCUUCUCACAACAGUCGCCGACGAGCAGCACGGGAGGACGGAGACCCCCUUUUCCAGCUAAAGCACAGCGCGUUUAGGGGGCGAUUAAUAAGUUUGGCGCCGAGGAGAGAAAAACAUCGAGCUGUCACGGUAGCGCGUGUGAAUGGAAGGCUGUGAUCUGGGAGCCUGAGGAGCAGAACCGUCUCGGAAAAUCAGACCUCCGAGCUCAGCGCGCGACCGGACAGCGAGAUGCGCGCGGAGGCUUAGCGCGCUCUCGUUCUGAAAAUUUUGGGACAAAAGCAGGAGAAAACCCGUUAACAUGAAAACGUAAGUCGCAGUUCUCGCGGAUUUAAAUGUCUCUCGCGGAGGCGCGCAGCCUCGCUCCUUCUCUCCCGUUUCCGACCAAUUUUGGCUAAAAAAGGAAAACUAUAUAUCUACAUAUCGUUGAGGUUUAGGAGAAUCGGCUAGAAAGCGAGCGCUGAAGGAGAAGGGCUAGUUGAAGCAAUAUGGCUGAUGGCCGGGGUUGGGGGCGCUGGCAGCAGCUCUCCAGAGCUUCUUCAUGCUAGCUGUGGCAGAUGGCAACGUUUCCUAUGGCAGCAGCGGCUCUAGAAUGAGUAAUAAUAUCAACUACAAAAACCCGGACUCCUCUGUCUCUAUAUCCAAGAUGGACGUGAUCAUCCCGUUUUCACCAGACGUACCGUGUGACAACAAUGGUCAGCGCAUGUGGUGGGCUUUCCUCGCGUCCUCCAUGGUGACGUUCUUCGGGGGUCUCUUCAUCAUCCUCCUGUGGAGGACCCUCAAGUACCUGUGGACCGUCUGCUGCCAUUGCAACAUCAAACAUAAGGAGGCACAGAAGGUGAAUAACGGUCAGACAGACGGGCCAGUGAAGAACCAGGAUGAGAAGGACGAUGCUCCAGCAAGCGAGGUGGGCUGGAUGACCUCAGUCAAGGACUGGGCCGGGGUGAUGAUCUCAGCACAGACUCUGACGGGCAGAGUACUGGUGGUGUUAGUCUUUGCGCUCAGUAUUGGAGCUCUUGGAAUAUACUUCAUAGACUCGUCUGAUCCUAUAGAAUCCUGUCAGAAUUUCUACAAAGACUUCACGUUACAAAUUGACAUGGCAUUCAACGUGUUCUUCUUACUCUACUUUGGGCUGCGUUUCAUCGCAGCCAAUGAUAAGCUUUGGUUCUGGCUGGAGGUGAACUCCGUGGUGGACUUCUUCACUGUGCCGCCAGUGUUUGUAUCAGUGUAUCUGAACAGGAGCUGGCUGGGUCUGAGAUUUCUAAGAGCAUUGAGAUUGAUACAGUUCUCAGAAAUAUUACAGUUUUUGAAUAUCUUAAAAACAAGUAAUUCCAUCAAGCUGGUGAACCUGUGUUCCAUCUUCAUAAGCACAUGGCUCACAGCUGCAGGAUUCAUUCAUCUGGUGGAAAACUCAGGGGAUCCUUGGGAAAACUUCCAAAAUUCUCAGCCGCUUUCAUAUUGGGAAUGUGUGUACUUACUCAUGGUCACUAUGUCCACGGUGGGCUACGGAGACGUCUGUGCAAAAACCACUCUCGGCCGCCUUUUCAUGGUGUUCUUCAUUCUCGGCGGUCUGGCCAUGUUUGCCAGCUACGUCCCUGAAAUCAUAGAGUUAAUAGGAAACCGCAAGAAAUAUGGUGGUUCCUAUAGUGCGGUUAAUGGCAGAAAGCAUAUUGUGGUCUGUGGUCAUAUCACGCUUGAAAGUGUUUCCAACUUCCUUAAAGACUUCCUACACAAGGACAGGGAUGAUGUCAAUGUAGAAAUUGUUUUUCUCCAUAAUAUUUCCCCUAAUCUUGAGCUGGAAGCCUUGUUCAAACGUCACUUCACUCAGGUGGAAUUCUACCAAGGAUCUGUUCUUAACCCUCAUGAUCUGGCUAGGGUCAAGAUUGAGUCAGCAGACGCGUGCUUGAUUCUUGCAAACAAAUACUGUGCCGACCCUGAUGCUGAAGAUGCCUCCAAUAUAAUGAGAGUCAUAUCCAUUAAGAAUUACCAUCCAAAGAUAAGAAUAAUCACUCAAAUGUUGCAGUACCACAACAAGGCCCAUCUGUUAAACAUUCCCAGCUGGAACUGGAAGGAGGGUGAUGAUGCGAUCUGCCUGGCUGAGCUGAAGGCAGGCUUCAUUGCCCAGAGCUGCCUGGCACAGGGCCUGUCCACCAUGCUGGCCAAUCUCUUCUCCAUGAGGUCAUUCAUCAAGAUUGAAGAAGACACAUGGCAGAAGUAUUAUCUGGAGGGCGUGGCCAAUGAAAUGUACACUGAGUACUUGUCCAGUGCCUUUGUUGGACUUUCCUUUCCUGCUGUUUGUGAGCUGUGUUACGUGAAGCUCAAAUUGUUACUGAUCGCUAUUGAAUACAAGUCAGAACAGAGGGAAAGCAGUAUUUUGAUCAAUCCCGGGAACCAUGUUAAGAUGCAGGAAGGAACCUUGGGCUUCUUUAUUGCCAGUGACGCCAAAGAGGUCAAAAGAGCAUUUUUCUACUGCAAAGCUUGUCACGAUGACAUCACAGAUCCCAAAAGGAUCAAAAAAUGUGGCUGCAAGAGACUGAUACAUUCCAAGAUGUCCGUCUACAAGCGAAUGAAACUGGCAUGUUGUUUUGAUUGCGGGCGCUCUGAGCGCGACUGCUCGUGCAUGUCAGGCAGUGUACAUAGUAACAUGGACAGCCUUCAGAGGGCCUUCCCACUUUCUUCUGUCUCUGUUCAUGAUUGCUCAACCAGUUUACGUGCCUUCGAAGAUGAGCAUCCAUCAACGCUGUCACCCAAAAAGAAGCAGCGCAACGGAGGCAUGCGAAAUUCACCCAACUGCUCGCCCAAAAUGAUGAGACACGACCCUCUUCUUAUCCCGGGAAAUGAGCAGAUUGAGAAUAUGGAUGUUAAUGUGAAGAGAUAUGACUCCACAGGAAUGUUUCACUGGUGUCCAUCCAAAGACAUAGAGAAGGUCAUUCUGACAAGGAGUGAGGCCUCCAUGACGGUUCUGAGCGGACACGUAGUGGUCUGUAUAUUCGGAGACGUCACGUCUGCUCUGGUUGGCCUUCGAAAUUUAGUGAUGCCUUUAAGAGCAAGUAACUUCCAUUACCACGAGCUGAAGCACAUUGUGUUUGUGGGCUCGCUGGAUUAUCUGAGGAGAGAGUGGGAAAGCCUUCACAACUUCCCUAAAGUCUCCAUCUUACCUGGGACGCCAUUAAGUCGAGCUGAUUUAAGGGCUGUCAACAUCAACCUCUGCGACAUGUGCGUUAUCCUGUCAGCCAAUCAGAACAAUAUCGACGAUGCUUCACUGCAGGACAAGGAAUGCAUCUUGGCAUCGCUCAACAUCAAAUCUAUGCAGUUUGAUGACAGCAUUGGGGUCUUGCAGGCUAAUUCCCAAGGUUUCACACCCCCUGGCAUGGACAGGUCAUCUCCAGACAACAGUCCAGUGCAUGGCUUGGUUCGCCAGGCAUCCGUUACCACUGGCUCCAACAUCCCAAUCAUUACUGAACUAGUGAAUGACUCGAACGUUCAGUUCCUGGACCAAGAUGAUGAUGAUGACCCAGACACAGAGCUAUAUCUGACCCAACCCUUUGCCUGUGGGACUGCCUUUGCUGUCAGUGUGUUGGACUCACUUAUGAGUGCGACAUACUUCAACGAUAAUAUCCUCACGCUGAUCCGGACACUGGUCACGGGAGGCGCCACGCCGGAGCUGGAGGCGUUGCUGGCAGAGGAGAACGCACUGCGUGGAGGCUACAGCACACCGCAGACGCUGGCUAACAGGGACAGGUGUCGGGUGGCCCAGCUGGCCCUGUACGACGGGCCCUUUGCAGACUUAGGGGAUGGUGGUUGCUAUGGGGACUUGUUUUGUAAAGCACUGAAGACAUACAACAUGCUGUGCUUUGGGAUCUAUAGAUUAAGAGAUGCACACCUAAGUACACCGAGCCAGUGCACGAAAAGAUAUGUCAUCACCAACCCACCCUAUGAGUUUGAGUUGGUCCCCACAGACCUGAUCUUCUGCCUGAUGCAGUUUGACCACAAUGCAGGCCAGUCCCGAGCCAGCCACUCCUCUCAUUCCUCGCACUCAUCCAGCAAGAAGAGCUCCUCGGUCCACUCCAUUCCGGCCACCAACCGGCAAAACCGCAGCAGCAAAGCCCGUGAGACCCGAGACAAACACAAUGCAACAAGGAUGAAUAGAAUGGGCCAAGAAAAGAAAUGGUUUACAGAUGAACCAGAAAAUGCCUACCCAAGGAACAUUCAAAUCAAGCCGAUGAGCACUCACAUGGCCAAUCAAGUCAAUCAGUAUAAAUCCACAACCAGCCUGAUUCCACCUAUCAGAGAAGUCGAAGAUGAAUGCUGAAUCCCUGGCCUUUGAUGACAUGGAGGGAGACGGAACAUCCUGUUGUGAAAAAAUUAGUGAUGAUGAUGAUGAUGAUGAAGAUAACGAAAUGGCUACAAUGGUGACGAUUCACUGUAACUUCCCUUGCAGUACAGCUCAAGGGACUUGUCGCGAUCAUGGAAACUGGAGGGGACCUCUUAUGUGUAUACCUUUAAUGUUACUUCCAUGCUUUUGGAAACAUUUAAUUUAUAAAUGUAUACAUAGUGAUGUACAUAAUGACAAUCAAGUAAGGAUUGUACAGCCCCCUAGCACUUUUUGAAAUUAUGUUUAAAAAAAAAAAGUACUUCCUGUAAUUCUUUGCAAUAUCUCAUGUCUGUCGUGACCUGACUCUGUGCAGAAGGGUUUGUGUUAUGGAGGAUGAGGGUCACAGUCACUCAUCUCAUCCUGACAUUACCCAAAGAAACUCAUCUGAAGCAUCAAAUAAGCCCCACACGUUGAGUUACAGUACACACCCUCAUCUGCUUCUUUUUGCACUAAACCUGAUCAAGUUAUUGUGGAAUAACUUGAAAAACAAACUGAAAAAAAGUGUGGGUUGCUCACUGGAUCAUAGAAAGAGUGUGUCUGUGUCUGAUUCACUGCGUGGCAGGACUGUGUAGCAGGAAUGGGAAAUGAAUGUGGCAAGUGUCAGGGUGUGCGUGGACCUCAGUCCUGCAUGGAGCACGCUAGGGGCAUUCAUUCAACCGAGUAAAUGUUGCAUCGCACAAACCUGAACAUCUAGCGAGGGGAAAAGUGGUCUCAUUUCCAUCCAUACACAUCAUCCAGGCCUUCAUAUAUAUGGGAAUGUAUUUGCCAUAGUUUUAUAAUAAUGCAAAAGGUUGUCCCCAACGUAGCCCUACAAAAUUGGCAAUACAUUAUGAGGAUAUGCACUACUUUUGUUGACAUCUUUCCAUCAUGCUUGACUACUCAUUUGCUGUGGUUGGAAAAAAAAUGGUGUGAUCAAAGCUCAUGAUGUGGUCAUUUGGAUGAGGCACAAGAAACAAAUGCUUUGUGCCUGCGGAUCUGUUAUCAAUAUCAAAUGAAUGAAUUACACACUGCACUCACCUGCUGAUAAUCCUACUAUGAUUGAGCUUUCAGAUCAUAUUUAACAUUCUGUCUCACUGGAACUGAAGCUGGCGUGAAGAAAGCAUCGUAGAUGCACAUACAGUUUAAUAUGCCACAUAUUGCGAAAAGUGGGCAUUCAUGGUUCCUCCUUCUGAGUGUAGCCACUGCCUGACACAUUGUUGGCACAGAGGCAGAGAUGUGCUUGGAUGUUCUCUGUGACCAACCGUGAUGCCUUAAAAAAAUGAAAGCGAUAAAGAGACAGAUGCAAAAGCCAAGCUCAAUCAUAGUUCUCAAUUAUCAUCAAAUCUUGAAAAUCCUUUAUGUUGCUUUUGGUAAUAGACUGGAUAGAAUGAACUACACUUAACAAGACAGGAACACGGCUGUGUAGCCUUUAUGUUAAGUGGGAAGUAUACAAAUACUAAGCAGAACUUUGGAACAUUGCUUCGGAUGUUCUGCCAGAUUUAUACAUACUGUACGUACAUACUUAUUUUUUAUCCAUAUGAGCGUAAUCAUUUUGUACUUAUUUUUAUACAUAUCAAAGAACUUUAUUUCUAAAAUUAUCUUAAAUGCAUCUUACCAAGACUACAGUGCACACCAAUUCAGUUUGUCCAUUUUUACCCUUGGGAACAGAACAUAUCACAUUUCUUUAAAAAUAAAAAAAAGAGAGAGAAAGUGAUAGAUUUAUCUUAUGGAGACAACCUGAGUCAAAAAGGUACAACCUCAGCUCUCCAUUCAGUUUCCUUGGAGUGUGCUUCGAAACUCAAUACAUGGGCUGCUUUGAAGGACCUUUGUAGCUGUAUCAAUUAAAAGCGUGUACUAUGUUUCAUUUUCAUUGGCUGAGAUUUAAAUAUACAGUUCAUGCAGCGCUUAGAUGUAAACAAUAGUUGAAAUCUGAGUUAAAAGCGAUGGUGAUAAAUCAGCUGAAAUUGACUUAGAAAGGUGCAUGAGAUGGCUAACUGCUAAUGGUUUGCACCUAUUCCUUCUUUUCUGAGGGUAGAAUUGAUAAUGCUAUUUUGAUAUUGACCUAAAUUAGGUCUCAGGAUAAAGAGGAACAUGAAGUAUUUUCAUGUGCAUUCACUCAAAACUGUGUUUCAGAAGGCACACUGAGAAUCUUUAGGUUUCCUCAAUCAGCAGAGAGCUAAUAGCCAUAUGAUUGUAGACAUAAGAAGAAAAAGACGUUGCUACAAUUCCAUCUACUGAGGAAAAACGUGUAGUGUCAAAGUAUGUUGUGUAAAUUCUGCCCAUUAUAGGCCACAUUUUAUUUUCCGAAGAAAAAGGAUCUCAGCUUUAAUGUUUGUCUACUGGAUGUAGUAUGAUCCUACUGCAGCCAACUAGGCUUUGUCCUGAAGUGAUUUUUUGAAUUGUGCAUACAUUGGUGUUACACUUUGUAGCAAGUAGAUUUAUUAAAAAAAAAAAGAAUUGUGAGUAAAAUGUAUGUAAAAUUGGGUUGUCAAUAACAUACUUGCUAGCCUGAAAAAGGAAUUCUGACCUAAAAUGAAUCGGUAAACAUUGGAGUUAAAAGUCAAUUUUAAUUUCUUUUCUUCAUAGGUGACUCGUCUAUGUAAGAUCCUUUUCCUGUAAUGAAACUCCUGCAGUACAUUACAAAGAAGAGCAGAAAGUGAAAGCAGGGUUUGUUUGAUGAAAGAGGGACUUGGAGGCUAGCCUAAAUUGCAUACUAUAUUUUUUAAAACAGAAUUGUAUGUGAAUUCUUUUAUGUCAGAGUUUACAUUCCAUUUUGUCAGCUUUUAAAAAAUGAUGUUAGUUAAUGCUACAGUCCUUGUUUGUUUGUCACAACCACUGACUUGUUUACAGAUUUCUCUUUUGUCUUUUCUUUAUCAGACUUCUCAGAUAGCAAGCCUGAACAUAAAUAACGAAGCAGGAUUAUUCAUUAAAAACAAGCAAUCAAAACACAUCAGGAAUAUCGGUCAGUACAUUUUGUUUUCACCCCCAAAGUCUGUCCCCAACAUAAUGAACAAUGGUUGUCCUUCAGCUUGACUUUCUUCUCCAGUGCAAGAAAACAGCAGGUGAUCUUUUUUGUAUCAAGCAUGAGGUGAAAAGGUAUCCUGAGCAUAUCAGACUGUUUCAAGUGCCAUGAAGGUGCCUCUUCAGCAGCAUCAUUCAGUCAUGUGUUAAAAUGUGAAGAUGUGAAGUGGCAUCUAACACUGGCAUGGGGAACAUCCAAGCCAUCCAUGCCUCCAUGCCAGUGCAGUGCCAGGCAGUGCAGUCAGACAAAGGAGGAAUGAUUGAAGACCCACUAAAGCGAAAAGUGGCAUCCACAUGGCUGAGUGGCUAACAUAUGCAUAACCCAGCUGAACAAAAUAUACCAUGAAUUUUUUUUAAAGCAAAUCACCAUAAAUUAUUAACACAUUGAGACAUAACAUUGACUGAAAGAUGCAGGAGAGGCACCAAAUGAGUUUUUUCAGUUGUCAGCACCUGUUCAUUUGUUCAGGACUGUUUGUUCAAGUGCAAACUUACUAAUAUUUAUCAUGCACCAGUCACAUCGCAGAUUUCUGGCAAUUUUACAGUACUGUAAAGAUUGGGGUGUUGCUAAAAAUUAGGAAUUGUAUAGAAUAAACUGCUUUGAGGGAAUUAAGUCUUAACAAGCUGAAAUUGCAUUGGGAUGUUUUUUUUUUCUUUUCAUUUCAAUAAAACAAUGUAGGACAUUGAAUUAUAUCUUUAAUUACUGGCAUAUUCAUUACAGGAAAAUGGAGUUACUCAUAGAAGACUUAAUUGUUUGAACUGUUUUAGCUAAUGGAUAAAUGGAGAAAUUGAUGGUGCUGAGUUGAUCUACCUGACUCUGUCAAAUAUAACCUGCUGAUAAAUAUACUGUCUUGUACAAAAAGUUUGUACAUAAAUUGUACAUGUUUCUUUUUGUAUUUUCUCAAAUUAAAAUGGAUGUAUUUGUGUUCUAAA